AUGGUAAAUGGUGAGCCAACAGAAACAUUUGAUGCUAAAAGAGGAUUGAGGCAGGGGGGACCGAAUUUCCCCUUACCUCUUUGCUAUAGCAAUGGAGUACCUAAGCAGGCUUUAGAUUUUAAAUAUCAUCCAGCCACCUUACAGAAACGUUUCAAUAUAUUUUCUAAAGCUUCUGGACUUCAGGCAAACAUGGGGAAAAGCUCCAUUUAUUUUGGAGGCACUAUUCAAGAUGUGAUAAAUGGAAUUCUGACUCAAAUGGGGUUUAGUCAUGGUGAUCUUCCCUUCAAAUACUUAGAUGCUCUUUGUAGAAGUUAUGUGUGGUUUGGUACCAGUGUUGUGACCAAAAAAGCUCUUGUUGCUUGGGAAAGGGUAUGCUCUCCAAAAUCAGUAGGUGGAUUCAAUUUGAUCAACUUGCAGCUAUGGAACAAAGCAGUUAUAUCAAAAAACUGCUGGGAUUUGGAGCACAAGCAAGUUAAACUUUGGAUAAGAUGGACCCAUACUUUUUAUAUCAAAGGGACUCCUCUUAACGAAGUUGUGGUUUCACAACAAGUUUGUUGGAUGGUUAAAAAGAUCAUUGAGGCUAGGCAGGUCUAUGAACAAUUUCAGACUCCAAGCAAUUCAAAUAGGGCAUUGACCAAACAACUAUAUCUUCAUUUGCUAGGACCUCAACAGAGAGUAAAGUUUGGACAAGGAUUAUGCAGUGGUUACAGAAGCAACAAUUACACUGUACCACCUGGGAUCAACACUUCAAUGAAAUUAUCAGAUGCUCUAAUGGAAAAUCUAGCAAGCUCAGAUAUUUAG